AUUUUGGUGAACUACAAUUUAAUAUAAACAAUAAAUAACUUCUGUGCAAAAGAUGCUGCUGCAGUGGUUCGUGAUUUGUCUGCUGGCCAUGCCCGUGUUGACCGGCAACGAUCGCAAGUGCCCCAUGGAGUGUACGUGCAACGUGGAUGAGCAAAAUCGCCGACAGCUGCUUUGCACAAAAGGUGGCCUCAGCGCUAUACCCGUGAAUCAAAUCGAUGAGGAUGUGCGCGUUAUUAUCAUCAAAGGUCCAGGCAACACCAUCAAUAUUGGUCAACUUUUUAAGAAAUUCUCUAAUCUGGAGGUGUUGCGCAUCACAGACUCACAAAUACCCUCAAUAGGCACCGAAAGCUUUUGGGGUUUAAUAAAACUUCGUAUAGUGGAUUUAUCCAGAAACAACAUUACAAAUGUAAAUCGACACAAUUUCCGUGGACAAAAUAAUUUACAUGAGCUGGACUUGUCCAAGAAUAAGAUACUCAACUUAUCCAGCACGAGUUUUGAUCAUUUAACCGAGUUGAAACGCCUCAAUUUGGCUGAUAAUUCAAUACUGGAGUUAGUGCCUCGUACAUUUUUCUUACUCAACCAGCUGAAAUAUCUCGACCUUAGCGGUAAUCCGUUACAGGACCUGCCGCCGGAUGUAUUUCGUGAUGUGCCGGAAUUGCGCAUUUUCAAAUGCCGUAAUUGUCAAUUGAAGAAAAUCAAUCCACAACUGUAUAACUUAUUGCCCAUGCUGAGUGAGCUGGAUUUGGGUCGGAACGAGUUUAAAUUCCUCGACAAGGAUGAAUUUCGCGAUGUCAAAAAUCUCAUUAAAGUCCUGCUGGAUGGCAAUCAACUGUCUGUCGUUGUGGACGAGCUUUUUCGCAAUCAAAAGCGGCUGCAACAUUUGGACUUGUCCUACAAUCGCUUGGCUAAAGUGCCCAAUGACUCUUUUCAACAUUUGGGCAAUUUGACAUUUCUGGAUUUGUCCUACAACAAACUGGUGCGUUUGGAGCCGCAAUCGGUGCGUCGUCUGAAUAAAUUGCUCACUCUGAAUAUUAGCGGCAAUGUGCAGAUGAAUUUGCAUGACAUGCGAGAGACGUUUGAGGUCAUACCACAGCUGACACAUCUCUCUGUGGCCGAUAUGGGUGUGCUGCCGAUGGGAUUGUUAGUGCCGUUCAAGCAGCUGCGCUAUCUCAACAUAUCCGGCAAUCAUUUGGACAAUAUGUCACUGCAAGUAAUCGAUCCAUGCCGAGAGUUGGAGUUUUUGGACUUAUCACGCAACCAAUUGUAUGGCAUCAAUGAGGACACCGUUAAACGUAUUCAACGCAUACGCAAUGUACGACUGGACAACAAUCCGUUGAUAUGCGAUGAGUGUCACAUGGGAAAAUUAAUAAAUGUCGUGCAACAUCUGCAAUGGAAAUGGGAAACAUAUCCGAUUUGCUUUUUACCCAAACCACUGCGCGGUUCGGAAAUAACUGAUUUGGAUGUUUCGAAGUUGCAUGACUGUUUGGAUUACAUAACCGACGAGGAGCAGAAUGCAGCGAGCACUUCACACAAUUUUCUCGAACGUGGUGGCCUUAAUACUCUCGCCAUACUGGGUGGAAUCGUAUUGGUUUUAAUUGUUGUCAUUAUACUUGCAAUGGCUGUUUGCUUUUCCAAGCGUCGUGCACGUUACUAUACACGGGAGGAUCGACUCAAUGGUGGUGAAAGUGGCAAAUGUAUCGAGAAAAGUGUAGAAAGUAGCAACGGCAAUGGCAUUAGUGGCAGCAGUCCUUCCGAUCACGACAAAACCCCGACCACACCCACCAAUGAGAUCAACUUCAAAUUUCCCAUCGAUGACCGUGUCUGCACCAUUGACGAACUCGUGCUGCCGCCGGCACCGCCACCACCCAGUAAAGAGCCACCAUCCCAGUUGCCACCACCACCGCCGGCUACGGCUAAUAGCAUACUGAAUGGCUUAACCUACAAUAGUUGUACAGCGAAUAGCACCGCCACCGCAAUGGCUGCUGUCGCUGCAGCCGCCACUGUCAUACCACCCGGUGCACCAUCGGCAGCCGCUAGUGCAGCUGGUCCCAUAUCACCAGCGCGUCACAGCACAGUUAUACCAUCUGAAGCUAUUGUCGUGGUGCUGCCGACACCACCAACGCAUUAUCAAACCGAACAGCAACUACAACAACCGCAACAACUGCAAUUGACCACAAUCGAACCACUGAUCAGUGUGAACUGACCGACGGAUAUAAAUGUUGUUAACGCCGCUACCGCCAUAUCCAACACAGACACUGCCACCGCAUUGGCCGCAAGUAAAAAUGUCAAGUCGCAGGCGAAAGCGUCAGCGUUGCCAUCAGCAUUAGCGGGGAAAGCGGGAAGAACGAUAGAAAGAGGGAAACAGGUGGCGUUCGUAACAACAACACAGACGUAAGAGAGCUUUUAGAUGUUGCGAAGAAGGGGUUUAAAAUUACUUUAAUUUUAAUUCUUAGCAUUAAGUGGAAUAAAAUGAAAAUUACUUCAUUGGAAAUUACAAAUUAAAGAUAUAAACGAAAGAAAAGUAAUAAAAACACACUAAACGAAUGAGAAUAGUAUUUGCCGUGGCUAGCAGAAAUGAUUAGGAAUUGGUUACUUCAAAUUCAAUAAUUAAAUGUGCAAAUAAGGUUAUGUUUAUUUAGGAUGAUCGCAUUAAAGGGGCAAAAUAUGAGGGGACGACACCAUUAAAUUUUUGGUACAAAACCUACCCACAGAAAAAACUAAAGAGAAAUCGAUAAAAUUGUGUAGUUCCACCAUCAUAAUAUGGGAUGAAAUCGGAUAGCAACUGCACCUUCGUCGCAUUCAGCGGCUCUCUUACCUCUAUUCCCUAUUAUCUCAUGAUCAAAUUUUGAAAGCAUUUACCUAAAAACUCUACAAAACCAGGUAGAAAUGCCUCCAUUCAUAGAGACUAAGUUCGUACCCAUUCUUUUAAGAGCUAUAGGAAUAGACCUGCCAUAUAAUAGAUAUGUAAAUAUCAACUUGGUCCACAAUAUUUGGUUGCA